GGUCUGCAAGUGACGUGUGGGAGCGAGUAAGACAGAGGAAGAAGGUUUAUUUUCUCAGUUUGUGUGUCUGAGUAAUUUUUGUUAAUCAGAAACAGUCAUGUCGGAGAGAAAAGUACUGAAUAAAUACUACCCUCCAGAUUUUGAUCCAUCUAAAAUCCCCAAACUCAAACUCCCCAAAGACCGGCAGUAUGUAGUCAGAUUGAUGGCUCCAUUCAAUAUGAGGUGUAAAACAUGUGGAGAGUACAUAUACAAAGGGAAAAAGUUCAAUGCAAGGAAGGAGACAGUACAGAACGAGCAGUAUUUGGGGCUGCCCAUCUUCCGCUUCUAUAUUAAAUGCACAAGAUGUCUGGCAGAAAUCACAUUUAAGACAGACCCAGAGAACACAGACUAUGCCAUGGAACAUGGUGCGACAAGAAACUUCCAGGCUGAGAAACUUAUUGAGGAAGAGGAAAAGAAAAUCCAAAGGGAGCGAGAGGAAGAGGAGCUAAAUAAUCCCAUGAAGGUUCUGGAGAACCGCACACGAGAUUCGAAGAUGGAGAUGGAGGUUUUGGAGAACCUGCAGGAGCUGAAGGAGCUGAACCAGCGGCAGGCAGCAGUAGACUUUGAGUCUAUGCUGGAGCAGUACAAGGAGCUGGAGAAGAGACAGAAGGAGAAAGAGCAGGAGGAGGAUGAGAGAGAGACCAAGGAGAUGCUGGAGAGGGCCUUGGUGAAGAGGCUGAGGGACUCUGACUCAGACUCUGAUCAGGAGGAAGAGAAAGGAAAAGAGCAGCAGCAGAAGCACUCAGCUGAAAGACCUACAGACAUCCUGACCACAGACAGAAGUACAGACUCAAAGGUCCCCUCAUCCACUGAAGUAAAGCGUCAGAAAGUGGAGAGCUGGGAGAGGAGUGUUGGGGGGUUGGGAGGCAAAAGUGCACUGGGCUCAUUGGUAGUGAGGAAGAAACCUGCAGCUACAAAUACAGCACAGCAGCCUGCAGCUGGAAGCCAGACAGAUGCAGCUGCUUCUAAACCUGCAGAGACAUGUGCUUCAGCUACUGCCAGCAGCAGCCAAACAGGACCAGCUCAGAACGGUUCCUCUCUCAGCCUGCUGGGGGCGUACUCAGACAGUGAUGACAGCAACUCUGACUAAGCUCCUGGUCUUUUAGUGCUGAUGGAUGUUUGAUGUUAAAUACUCGGAGCGCAAGGACCUUCUGAAGUUAAACGAAAGUUAAAACUUGGGCACAUGUUUUUAAAUGGCCUACCAGCUUUAGCUGUUGGACAUUUCAACUAAAUGAUGACUAUUUCUUGGACUAAAUACUCACUCUAGAUGAGUUAUUAUAUAAAUUGAAACGAUUGAUUUAUUAUAAUUGAAGUAGAGAUAUGUUUCCUGAGAAGCGUGCAACAUGUGAGUCAAGUUUUGGAAACAUAGCGUUUGUGUACUUUUCACCUCCAUAAACCACCACGUCAUGCAUCUCCCUCAAACAGAUUUGACCAUUGUUCAAGUCCAAUUGAGCUUCUUUUGCAUCAUUUUCUAAACUGUCACACCACAAAGGUUAAUAUUAUCUCAGUAUACUCAGUUUUUGUGUAUCAUACAGCUGACAAACAUCUUUUGUUUAGUUUGUCAUUUUUAUUGCUACUGUUUCUCUAAGCUAGACUGAUAAGCCUUUCAUUGUAGUGUAUAAGUCUGUAAUCCACCCUGACUUAGAUUGAUGUUAUCUGCACAGUGUUACAGGGUGGUGUCAACCACAGGGAAGCGCAGCAGAUGGAACAUGCACUUUACUAAGUUUAUACUAGGCUUUAUUAUAGGCUGGUAUAUCAGAGAUCAAGACUAGUCCUGGACUAAUGCUAGUAAUUACAUUCCCUCAACACUGAAACCCCCCUUAGUCUGAGAGUGAGAUGAAUAUGCGUUUAAGAAACAGCCCGCAAGUGUAUGGCAUCAUUUUUUCAUAUUUUAUUUUGUCGAUUACUUGUCACUUUCAAAUUUUGUAACCCAUGAAAUUUAAUUUCAGUACAAAUAUUAAUACAACUAGUACAUACAUGAUAUUUGACAGAACAAAUGUUAAUUCUUUUACUAGUAGGAAUUAUGUUUUAGUAUGUAAGGUGUCAGUUUUUAAUCAGUAAGAAUUGGGUUUUUACCUGUGAAAAGUGAAAUGUGCUAUUCAUAUAUGUAAGCAUUUGUACAUUAGUGUCAUUGUCACUUGUAAGUAAUGUAAUAAUUAGAAACUUCACAUGCUAACUUUUAAUCCCUGUUAGUAAAUGUUGCAUUUUUUGUUAGAAUGCAACUUUCACAUGCCAAAUUAA